AUGAUGCAUGCGCAGGCAUGCAUCACCAGUCAAUUCGACGAAAAAUUCAAGAAGGUCGACGAAACAGUCAACACCAUUCAGAAGGCUAUAAACGCAGUCAGCGCCACUCUAACAGAUGACCAUAACACCUUAGCAGCGAUCCAUGGCAUGGUCGGUGAAACUCAGGGUACUUUAGCUGUAGUCAACAACACUGUAAACCAAACACAAGCUGUGGUAGCAACAAUCCCCGAAACAGCUACCAACAACACUCAGAACGACUUGGAAGCAGUCAACAACACUGUCAACAACAUUCGUGUUGCGCUAGCGGCAGUUAGCGAUACCGUCACUGUCACCAAAGCUGCUGUGAUGGCAAACAGCGACGAAGUCAUUCAUGUUCGGGACGACUUAGUAGCUGUCACUCGCACGAUCAAUGAUACUCAAGAUAUCGUGACAGCGGUCAACACCACAACCGGUCAAUCAAAACCCGCCGUGACACUGAUGAACGAUUUGGCUAACCUGACAAAAGCUGACACGAAAUUAGUCGUCAACACAGUCAACGGCAUUCAGGAUGACGUCGCAGCAAUUCGCCACACGGUCAAUCAUACCGAAGGUGCCGUCGCAAUAGCAAACAAUACGGCCAACCAGAUAAAAGCUGUCGUGACAGUGGUGAACACUACAACCAAUCAGACACAAGCUGCAUUGGCAACAGUCACUCGUACUGUCGAAAACAUUAAGGAUAUUGUGACUGAAACGAGGAACACGGUUAAUCAAACGCAACAAGCAUUAGCAAGCGUGAACACAACGGUCGCCGGUACCAAUAAUACAUUAACAGUAAUUAAAGAAACUGCCAAUAGGACGGCCCAGACCUUGACGGGCUUCAACAAGUUAUUAGCCAGCAACCAGACUUCCCUAGCGAAUAUUGACCAAGCGGUUGCCCAAAGCAAUGAAAAGGCAUCGCGAAACCAGACCGAGAUCAGUGAUACUCACAGGGCUAUCCAAGAGCUUCAGCAGGAAGUUCGGGCAGGGUAA